UCCAGGCCAUCCAGCCCCUCUGGACUGUGCCCUGCUCACUCAAACAGGCUGGAAGUGCUGGGCAAGCUGGGUCCAGCCAUGGGCAGAUGAGGGGAUCAGAGGAGUGGGAAGCAGACUGCAGACCCUUCAGCCCAUCCAAACCUGCUUUCCUAGAGUCAGCCUGCAGGCUGGGCAGGCAGUCCUCGAGUCUUGGAAUUCCCACUUUCAGCACUGAAUCCUGUCUCCCCCCCUGCUGAUUGACUGUGGAUAUGCUGGCAUCCAGGAUGGAGGCAGUAGAAAGUGAGACCCUGAUUGAUGAGGUGGAGGUGAUGAGUGGAAGAGCUGACGUGACUCUGGACCCAGACACCGCCAACCCCUUCCUCAUUCUGGCCAGUGACCAGCGAGGGGUGGGGCGGGGGCACGAGUGGGCCCUGCUGCCCGACAGCCCCGAGCGCUUUGACACGGAGCCGUGCGUGCUGGGCAGCCAGGCCUUCGCUGCAGGGAGACACUGCUGGCAGGUGGAGGUGGCCGAGGCAGGGGACUGGUGGGCAGUGGGAGUGGCCCAGGAGUCUGUCAGGAGAAAGGGGGUCCUCGGUUUUACACCCCAGGAGGGGAUCUGGGCCGUGGGGCAGUGGUUUGGACAGUACCACGCUUUCAGUGAUCCUGACUGGACCCCACUGCACCUUCCCUGCCUCCCCAGGGCCAUCCAGGUCUGUCUGGACUUCACAGACAAGCAGGUGACUUUUGCUGAUGCUGAGAGUGAAGCCCCAAUCUUUGCUUUCUGCCUGGCCUCGUGUGCUGGGGAGAGGCUGCGCCCGUGGCUCUGGGUGGGGAUGGACUCGUGGCUCAAGCUGUGCCCCUGACAGGGAGGGAACGUGGGGGGCAGGGGAGAAGCUGGAAAGGCAAACGCCAUCCAUCACCUUGGGUCCUGGUGCUGGGAACUGAGAGGGUCCUGCAUCCUGCUGGCUUCUCCUCAUGAGUAUCCUCUGGCCCCCAAGGAGAGGACGGGCAGCUCAUGGAGGUGGAUGCCACAACAGAGCCUCCUUUAUCCCCCCACCCCUCGGCUGGGACUGUGGGGACAACAGGGAGCACAGAGACUGGGAGCAGGGAGGAACUUGGUGCCCUUGGUCCCCUGGCAGGGACCAUCACUGAGUGCCAGGGCACUGCAGAGCUGCUCUGUACGAGGCCAUGGAAAAUAUAGCAGGGUCCAGCUCCUCCCAGGCUGGUGUAGUGCCCUCUGGCUUUUUUCAAUUAAGUUAAAAAACCCCAAACAUAGCUGGAUACCCAUGAUAACACUUAUCUUCCCCACACAUCCAGAGCCUGUCCUUGCCUGAUGUGCACCAAGCACGUUUCUUGCAGCAGAGCACUGGGAGCAGUGCAGGGGCAGCAGCAGGAGCAGCUCAGGAAGGAAAGCAGAAUGCUGAGCUGGGUCUGAAACCCACAGGAGAGGCAGCAAUCCACAAGAACGGCCACAGAUCUGCCAUUCUCAAGGCCCCACCUCACAGGAUCCUGCUAAAUCCUGUCCUUAGGAGAGGAGAAGGUGAAGAGGGACAUUGCCUGGGUCCAGCCUAGAUUUCAUCAUUUCUUGUUGGACAUUCUUUACUGCCACUUCAGUUGUCAUCGUUGUGGUGGCAUCUGGGCACAGACAACAAUAUUGGCCUCCCUGCUCUACUCCAGGGGCUGCAGAGUUGCAGGACUGGGUCAAGGCCAGGUAUCUGCCCCCAGAGCUCUGCCCUAAGCCUCUUCCACUGUGGUAGCAUCAAGUCUGGGGAAACCCAGGGUUCUCUGCUCCCACAGAGGCACAUGGGCAGGAGCCUCUGAGACUGUCCUAUUUUGCUUGGGAUAGAGUUAAUUUUCCUCUCAGUGGCCAGCCCAGUGCUGGCUUUGGGAUUUAGGGUGAGGAUAAUAUUGGUAGCAACAAUCCAACCAUCAGGCAUGUGGUGUUUACAUGGCCUUCUCUGUGCCUCUUGCUCUGCCAGCGAGGAGGGAAGCUGGGGGGGAGCACAGCCAGGACAGUGACCCAAACUGGCCAUUCAGAUAUUCCACACAACAAAACAUCCUGCCCAGUGUGUAAACUGGAGGAGCUGCUGGUCAGGGGCUGAUGGCUGCUGGGAGACAAGCUGGGCACAGAGCAGCAGGUGCUGAGCACCUACACUGGGCAUCACUUGUUCCA